GUUUACCCUCACAUUGAUGAAAGUAGGUCACAGAAAAAUAGACACUUGCAGUCACGCAUUCUUUCGUCGUGUAUGGACUGUCCGGGGAUAUGUGCCUUUAUUAACAUUUUUAUUAAUUUACGCGAGGAUUUAUUACCGACAGGCAGGUGGACAGAUGCAGUUUGAUGCCUUAGGAUCCGGAUUAAAGAAGAGCAAGAAGUGAGUGCCAAGAUCCUUGUUGUGGACAUGUCCAGGCGAGGUAGGAACAGCCGAGCUUGGCGGUACGUUUGGGGUGGAAUACGGGAUGCUGAUGCAAGAGCGCUGGUCUUGGCCUCUGAAAGUGACGAAUGGGGCUACGAGCGCCUGGAGUACAGUGAUUCCGAUUCAGAGGCGGACUAUUCAGCUGUGAUGGUCCCUCCGGUCCCGAGUGCCGUGCCCGUGACGGGAGAGUCCUACUGCGGCUGCGACUACCAGGCCGAGACCAUCCAUCAUCGGCGAGGUUUUUACCAAGUCAAAGGAUGUCACUGUGGAGAGGAUGAUCAGGAAUUCGACUGGGUUUGGGACGACAGCAGCCGAUCGACAGCGACUUUACUGAGCUGCGACGAUCGUGAAGUCAACUUCCACUCGGAGUACAGCUGUGGGACAGCUGCUAUCCGUGGCUCCAAGGAGCUGGCGGAAGGGCAACACUUCUGGGAGAUCAAGAUGACGUCGCCGGUGUAUGGGACAGACAUGAUGGUCGGGAUCGGGACUUCCGACGUCAACCUUGACAAAUACAGGCAUACGUUCUGCAGCCUUCUGGGAAAAGACGUGGACAGCUGGGGUCUUUCUUACACUGGCUUGUUGCAUCAUAAAGGCGACAAGAUGAACUUUUCUUCUCGGUUUGGACAGGGCUCCAUUAUUGGGGUUCAUCUGGACACGUGGCACGGCACACUCAGGUUCUUUAAGAACCGCAAGUGUAUAGGUAUUGCUGCCACAGAUCUCCAAAAUAAAAGGUUUUACCCGAUGGCGUGCUCCACGGCAGCCAAAAGCAGCAUGAAGGUGAUCCGCUCCUGCUCUGCACCCACUUCCCUUUUGUACCUGUGCUGCGCUCGCCUUCGCCAGCUGCUGCCAGACCGCAUAGACACAUUGGAUGUCCUGCCCCUGCCCCCGGGGCUCCGCCACCUGCUAUACAACAAACUGGGUUGGGUGCUCAAUCUCCACAGCGUCACCACAGAGGACGCAGCGGACGUGCCGGAGCGCUCCCCGUGCACGCCUGUCCCUCCCUCGGCCGGGCCGUCUUCCUCCGAGAGCGACUCUGAGGGCUGCACGUCGGACCCCGAGGCCUGCCAGAGGAAGAGAUGUCGCUGGACUUGAGUUCCUCCACUGAAACAAGGCAGAUGAUGCCGCCCGAUGUAACGUUAUGUAUUUUCAACGACCUGCCUCAAAGCGUCCCGGCGUGUCGAAGGAAGGAACCGAGGGCGCGGAUGAAGCGGCACAUGGCUGCUGCAUCUCUGCCGUCGUCUUCUCUCAUGCCAUGAAAAGGUCUUCAUUCCGCUCAGCUUCCAUACCAGAUUUGGGACAACUGUAGCAAAAAGAUGUUUACAAUACAUGUCUGUUGCCAUUUUUGAGCAGGAAUCGGUGACAUGAAGUACCGCACGGCGGGACACUGAAUUGUGGUCAUAUUUUUGGUGGCCGUUUCUGCAAAAUGGGUCACUAGAAAGGUGAAAUGCAGCUAUGUUCUUUCUUAUCGUCUGGUAUGCAAAUACUGUUAAGUCAUUCUCAAACCCACUUCUGUCACCGCUUCAGGAAGUGGGGUGCGACUCUUUUUAGUGCACUCGAUGAAAAUGUUCCAGAAUAGCCUCUUUGUAUUUGUGCUCAUAAGUGUUAAAUUCCACUGCCUUUAUUUACUCUUCAAUCAUUCUCAGAACUUUUUUUAAACAAUCAUUUUGAUUGCAUUAUGUUACUUUUUCUAAAGGCUUUACUCUCAUUACUUCCCUUUUGAAGGUCACAUUUAUUCAAAGUACUUACAGUGCCACAGAUAUGUAAAUUAUUCCUCUUAGCUUGAUUAAGAAUCACUUGUAACCAGACUUAGUGCACGCCUCAAUGUUCAUCAAGAACACACGUACCGUGACUUAAGUUACAAUGCAAUAUUUGUAUUUUAUGUGUUUGUUACAUUUUAACAAGACUACAGAGGUGUCUGUUGCAGUGUUAACAGGUAGAAUCUUUCCCUGUAGGUCCAGUAGUGUAACUGCUGAGGUCAUUUUGGUUGUCUUUUACAUUAUUUGUCUAUAUAUUGACGCAUCCAAGCACUUUUUGUACUGCCAUUCUAUAAAUAGGACAAAUGUAACCUUAUCCCUUUACUAUAUACUGUACUAUUAAUGUAUUAUUUAAAGGACUUUACUGGCUUUUUUUUCAACCCGGCAUGAUUUCCGGAUGAAAAAUUAAUGAAUAAAGAGCAAUUUCACCCUU